UUUAGUGAGUUAGUGAAGACGCCCUGAUCAAAUUCGGGGCCUCCGCAUAAAGUGCCAUUAGAAAAAGAGUGCGAAUAGAAAGAGGAAGAAUUAAGAGAAGGAGAAGAAGAGAGAGAAGAGGUAACAAAGAAGGUUGUCUCUUCUUGAAGACUUUUCCAAGAAGUAUUCAGAAAAGAUGGAUUCCCACCCAGAACCAGUUUUUUCUCCUGAAGUCUUGAGAUAUUUGAAGUAUUAUAGUUGCAUGAGGCACUGGGGGGAGAAAGUGUUCUGUGAGAUAUACAACCUAAACUUUCUCCACGGACAACACAAGAGCAUCCACCAGAUUCUCGAAGACAACCAAGUUCCACUUCAAGGGAGGAGAUGUCCCUUCAACGACCAGGAGAUAAAAAAUCUGACAGAAAAGCUUCCGGAAGAUCUGGACAUCACAUUGAUAAACAAAAUCUGCCGGGUUCUUUGGCAAAAGGGGGUGAAUGAUCCCGGUGACAAACUUAGAGGAUUAAUGAAAAAAAUCAAAGAUGAGAGGAACAUUGCGUGCCAUGAAGCCCCUGAUAUGUCAGGCACUAACUUUGAAAGUAAACUCAACGACUUUCAAGCAAUGCUGGAGGAAACUCUUGAGGAACUCAAGUGCCUGUUUCCAGUACAUAGUGCCGACAUUAACCAACUUAAAGCAGAGAUCCAAGAUGCUGUUCCAAAGCUCCGAGAAAAGAUCCGCGAGAAAUAUGAUCCCUCAAACCCCCAGGAUGUACAAAGGUUUAAAGAAGAAAUAGGAGAGUUUGAGAGUGAAUUCUAUGAGAUGAUACAAGAGUCAUCUGGAGCAGAACUCCAGUCUCUUAAUGAACGCCUCUGUCAGAUUUUGCCCUACGAUUGGCUCACUCAGUAUGGUACUACAGAUCCAGGAAAGAUUAUGGUGUCUUUACAAGUGGCAGAUGAUCAGGAGUUGAAUAAAGGUCCCCAUGGCAAUAAAAGUAUCUUUGUAAUUCAAAAAGAAAUCUUCAACAUUAAAGACCAACUGGGAAGAGACCCUGAAGUUGUGAUUAUAUCUGGCGACGCAGGUUCUGGAAAGACCACAAUUCUUUGUUCCUAUGCAGAGGGAUGGUGCAAGAAGACAAAGGAUAUGCCAGAAGUCUCUUCCUUCCCAUUUCUGCUAUGCAUGCAGUUCAGGAAUCAUGACCACGACAGCUUUGAUGAAUACCUCAAAAGCUUGAUUAUGAAAACUGCUGCUCUAUUUCCCUUUGACCUUGUCAAAUCAGUAGUCCUGGAUUCAAAGUGCUUGGUCUUGUGUGAUGGCUAUGAUGAGGCCAAUGAGAAUUCAAGAAAACUCUUCAAACAGUUUUUAAAACUUAAUUCAAAUAAGAUGAAGUUUGUUGUUACGACACGUCCAGGGAACACAGAGGAACUAACGAAAAUUGUGAACAAAGCACAACGUUCCAGAAUCAACCUCAAAGUUUCAGGUCUUCAGAAAGAGGAUAUGAAAUCGCUCACAGAAAAGCUCAUUGGCCACCUGUUGAAUGAUGAUGUUACCCAAACGGAGCAAAUGAAAAAGGAGCUGCUUCAGAAAAUAGAAGAAAUGAACACUGGCACUAGAGCCAUCCUGCAAACCCCAUUGUAUUUCAACCUGUUUGUUCUCCUUUACAUUGAGUGUCCAGAUCUAAGGGAUGAAAUGAGCACCAGGACAUCAGUCUUCUUACAGCUGAAAAGGCACAAGAUCAAGAGAAUCUCUGACAAGACAGGAAUCUCUGAAGAAUCACUGGAGGAAUUUGAUGCACUGUACAGAAAAUGGUGUUUGAAACAUUACAUUGAGAGAAAAUAUGAAUAUUCUGAGGCAGAUAUAAGAAGCUUUGAAGAGGAGAUGAGGCAAGUGUUACCUGAAAAAACACUUCAGAACUUUAAUGCCAUCAUGUCGUCCUAUUUUUCCAUAAAGAAAACAAAGAAGCAUCUGGACAUUGUCAAUGUCUACUGCCACAGACACAGAAGUGAGCAGGAGUUUGCAGCUGCAGGCAGCAUCUGCGAUGACAUCGUCACAUCAAGUGGAAGGACACGAGGCGGAAACAUUGUUCUGGAUGUGCUGCGAUCACAUUCCAAGUGUGAAGAUAAUGAUGGAGAUGGAGAUGAAGAUGAAAAUGAAGUUAGAUAUCUAUUUGAGGAAUUCCGAGGAGUGAUUUCCUUCAUACCGGGAAUACUUUAUGGCACAGAGAGAGAUGUGUUGUAUGAUACAAUAGAGGAGAUUCAUGAACUCUAUGUAUCAUACAGACCGUCUUAUUAUAAACAUGAUGCUCUUUUGGACCCAUGUAUUGAAACUAGAUUGGACGAUAAGGUUUUGGAAUCACUUGUGUCACAGAUGAGGAGAAAAACAUCUAUGAAUGACCGAGUAAGAUUCCGAGAACCCAAGAGUCUUUAUGUCCUACCGUCCUUGCUGCCUAAACUGAGACCCAAAGAGAUUGGAUUGUUUUUUUCUUCAAUAGAACAAAGAAGCAUCCCAGACCUGAAUAAGAGUCUGAAGUCUGCUGUUCAAAACAACAUCACCACAGAGGUUUGGCUUAUAAUGGAACUAAGAAAUUGUGCACAACUUCCAGGACAGGAGGAGGAGGAGGAGGAGGUUUUGCCUCCAGUGGAUGAAUUAGGAUUGGAGAUUUGGGAUGAUGGAUACGAAGACUUAGGGAGCCUGAGGAGGCCCUUUUCUCUCGCGACUCCACCAAAGGAAUUACUGACAUUAGGGUUCGACAUGCGUGCAGCGCCUCGGGGGGAGCUUUGGAUGGCCGACGUCAUAAAGAGAACGUUCCCAGCAACUAGGGAAGAAGGAGGAGGAAGAAGAGGCUUCACUGAUUUAUGGAUUAACUUAAAAAAAGGUCCUGCUCCUGACAUGAUGCUCCUGCUCCAGUCGCUGACUGUUCCUCGGCCUUUGAGGGAAAUAAGGAUUCGCUUGCCUGAUCGUACGAAGAUUGACGAUGUUGAAGGAUUGAAGCAACUCUGCAGGGAGAAGGCCCUUGGCACAUUAUACCUUUCUGGAGUAGAUGAAGAAAAGAAGACGAACGAUUGCUGUUGUAUCCUAUGAGGAUCUUUCAGUAAAGCGGAAAUGGUGUCUUCUAUCCCAAGUCUUUUUAUUCAUUUAGAGUCUUUAUUCUUUGUUGAGAGAGAGAGAGAGAGAGAGAGAGAGAGAGCCCACAGAUGCUCAUAAGUUGCAAGUCUGUCCUUCACUGCCCCGAUAUUACUAAAAAAGGAGUAAUUUACAUAAACUCUGGACUUGAGUUUCAAAUGAACUAUAUUUACAUUAAGUCACGUAGGUCCAGGAACUAAUGAUGUGGUUCAUUGUCAAUCCACCGGAAACGCGUGGCUGGGAAAUGAACCAGACACGGAGAUCAGGUUUUGCCCAAAACGGGUUAUUUCAAUGCAAGCCUUAUUCCAAAGGGUUCCCAAUUUCUCCCACACUCAGGCAAGGUGUUUGUCUGCAAAAUACUGGGUUUGGUAAUCUUCUUAUCUGCUGAUAUUUCUGUGCACUACGGAGGUAUAAGAACACUUAUGGUAUCCCCCAGAGGAGGCAGGGGAGCAGAAGGGGGUGAAGUGGAGUCUGCAGGGCUUGAGAAAGUCUGAGAAGUUCUGCUUCUGAGCAGUUUUGAGAAGUUCUGAGAGAGAGCUACUGCGGCCCCACUCCCUUAAAAUCUCACCUGGGUAGGCUCCGCCCUCAGCCAAGGUUCCCUGUGGAGAAUAAAUCCAGAGCACCCAAUGGGAGCAAAGAAGGUUUUCAAGGGAAUGGAGGUUUUCAGUUUACAGGGACAACUUACAUAUGGGCAAUGAUAAAUGAGUAUCGUUAUAAAGAGGUCUUACCUUUCCUUGGUUCUGGCUUAAAAUCCUGAACUCUCUCUCUCUCUCU